AAAUCCUGCUGUCUCUCAACAAGACUUCUCCUGUGACUCACUUACCAUGAGAUAAGAUUGCGUCUUACCCACACGGAAUAUGCUUUUCUCUUGCUUUGGGGAGUUGCUGGGCUGUAUCAUUCACUUGACCUUAGUGAUGAGACAAAGAAAGACUCCCACGUCGCACUUCUGGACCACUCUUCAAGCUGCAGCGCGCUUUCAUGUUGGAUUGGGAAACAGCUGUACAUCCAUGACGGUCCAAAGACAAUAAGGAAGGGGAGACGUCCAAGAAAAACCCAACAGCCUUCAUUAGAUACAGAUCUCUUGUGGAGUCACAGCUGGUACAGUUCUUCGGGGAGCUAACGGCAGCUUUGUCUAACAGGGGCUGUUGUACCUGCCUGCAGCGGGAGGUGAGGCGCCUUUUACAGCUUGGAGAGUUGUCCCUGCCCUCCUCUAGCAGCCACAGUCCUGGUGGAGUUCACAGAGGAGCCAUGGAGGUGUUGGUGAGUGAGCUGGGAGCUCUGCUGAAGAUGCUGGAUCAGGAAAACCUCAGCUCCUCCACACAGGAGAAGAAGACGUCCGUGCGGAAUCUCCUGCAGCAGAUACGGCCGUCAGUUUCAGGAACAGACUACAUCUACAUGAACUCAGCGGUUUACAGAAAUGGCACCAGCUUUGUGGAGUCACUCUUCGAGACAUUUGACUGUGACCUCGGCGACCUGAAGGACGUUACAGACGACCAGAAGGAGGACAGGAGCACUCAGACCGGAGCUCUACCGCAGCAGACGUGCGUAGACUCCUCAGCCCCUCGCUCUGCUGACUCCCCCCCACCUCUCCCCACCACGCCUCCUCCUGAGGAGUACUACGAGGAGGCGGUGCCCCUCGGCCCUGGCAAGAUGCCCGAGUACAUAGUCGCGCGAGUCCGAACGAGCCCUCCAAACUCCAUAGAGGAUGGCUACGAAGAUGCCGAGAACGGCUACAAUGCUAACUGCAUUAGCUCACGCCGCAAAAACUCCUACAACGACUCGGACGCGCUGAGCAGUUCCUACGAGUCCUAUGAGGAGGACGAGGACGACCGGAGCCCCGGCGCCCUGCUCACUCACCAGUGGCCGUCGGACGAGAGCUCCAUGCCUCCCGCCAGAGACUGCCGCAUCUGUGCCUUCCUGCUGCGCAAGAAACGCUUCGGCCAGUGGGCAAAGCAGCUGACGGUCAUCAGGGAGAACAGGCUACAGUGCUAUAAGAGCUCCAAGGACACGUGCCCCUACGUUGACUGGCUGCUGCCCCAGUGCACUGUGGUCUAUGCGCCCAAGGACAGCAAGAGGAAGCACCACGAGCUCCGGUUCACCCUACCCAACGGAGACGCGCUGGUGCUGGCUGUGCAAAGCAAGGAGCAGGCCCACCGGUGGCUGAGGGUCGUCAGAGAAGUGAGCGGUCAGAGCGCGGCGCCAGAGGAAUCGCCUUCUCCAGCCGCCCCCAAGAAAAACAAACUGGACAAGAGGUUAUCUGCUGAGAGGAACACGUCGGACUCAGACAGUGUGAGCGUCUCAAUCGGAGAGACCCUCAAAGAGAACGGUAAGGUGAAACGGGGGGCCUUUGCCGCAGGCCGUAAAAUUACACGCAUCAUCAGUUUCUCCAAGAAGAAGCCCCCUCAGCCCGGGGGCCCUCGGGCGGCCGGCGGCAACCCUCGGCAGGGCUUCCUGUCGGUGCUGCUCAACCAGGUGUGGAGGGAGCAGUGGUGCUGUGUGUGCAGGGGCUCCCUUCACUUCUACCAUGACAAAGGGGACCCGCGGACCUCCCUGCCCUCCCUCCCUCUCCACGGCUGCGAGGUGGUGCCGGGGCUGGGACCCAAGCACCCGUUCGCCUUCCGAAUUCUCCGCAACAGCACGGAGGUGGCCGCUUUGGAGGCGAGCAGCUCGGAGGAGCUGGGGAGGUGGCUCGGCGUCCUCUUGGCGGAAACAGGAUCCGCAGCCGAUCCGGAGUCGCUCCAUUACGACUACGUUGACGUGGACACCAUCGCUAACAUCCGCGACGCCGUGCGACAUUCCUUCCUGUGGGCCACGUCCUCCAGCAGCGCCUCCACAGACUCCAGAACAUACGACGAGGUCCCUAAUGAGGACACGCAGCCAGGGGAGAACCGCAGGCAGCAGUCUGGGAAUCAGGCAAAGCGCCGCUCCAGUUUCUCCAGCAGCGACUCCGACAAAGCCAAACCUUUAGUCUCCCUCAGGCGAUCGGGCUCAAAUGCCAACCAGUAUGGAAGGUAUGGGAAAACAAGAGCGGACGAGGACGCUAAGCGUUACCUGAAAGAAAAAGAGGAGCUGGAGGGGGUGAGGGAUGGGAUCCGAAGUGCACUCGUGACCCUGCGACAGCAGAGGAGAGAGCUGAAGGAGGAGUUAAAGACUGCUCCUGCAGACAGAACAAAGUCCCUCCUGAAUAAGCGCCUAUCCCAGCUGGAGGAAGCCUGCCGAGCCAAAGAGGCAGAGAGAGUGGACCUGGAACUCAGACUGACCCAGGUCAAGGAGAACCUGAAGAAGAGCCUGGCGGGUGGAGCGCUGGGAGCGCCGGUUGAAGCGAAGCCUCCUGUCAAGGCGUCUGGCAAAAAGAACCAGAACAUCUACAGUGAGUCUUUACCAGUGAACUGUGCCUCAGAGAUGCGAAGGAGGCCUCCUUCCCUUUGUGCUGCUUCCACAGGAACUGUCAUACAGAAAGCUAAAGAAUGGGAGUCAAAGAAAAGAAGUUAAGUGGAAAGGAUGACUGUAAUGAGUAACAUCAGCCACUAGGUGGAGGUACAAGCCAUCGAAUACAGUACUUGCGCCUCUGUGUCACCAGAAUGACUUCUUCUAAUGUGGCCAAUGAAAACAUUAUCCAUCAUUUGCGUCUACAUAUUUUCAAUGUCUGACGCAGAACGUGAAAAGAAAAGCAGGGCUGAUGAAAGAAAGACGAGGAAUGUGAGUUGGAGGCGUGAAGGUGCGAGAAAUGACAACCUACGAAAUGUGAUGCGAUAAAAUAAUAUUUCCCAGGACUUGGUCCACUCUCGUCUGCCUGUAUAGUGAGCCAUGACUACUAUUUUCUUAUUUUUUAUUAUUCUUUCCAGUUUUUCACGUCUCAUCAUCAUAAAACCUAACUGCAAUGAGUGUGGAUUGUUCCUAGUACUACGGUAUUAGCUUCUCCGGCUCCAACGCUCCUGCUACGGUCCGUUAUACGUCCUUGUGCAACUUUUCUCCUGAAACCUUUGUUGACUUUUGCACUUUACUGUUUUUCUACACAAAUGAGGGAAUAAAAAUAGAAUAGUCUCAUAUCCCAGGCAUUUCAAGUAAAUAAAUUUCCUUGCAGCAACUCGC